CUCUGACACUGCUCCCUCCUAACCACAUGAAAAGCUUCCAAAAAGUCCUUUGCAUUCCAACCCACUAUUCCCUUUUCUGUCCUUAUAACGCCAUUAACACCAACUGAAGACCCUUUAAAAUGUUCCCACAAUCCUCUCUCACUCCAUCUCUCAUAGUCUUUAUCUCAAAACUUUUUCAACUCUGAAGUUCAGAAUUGAAAAAUGUACAUCCAACCAGCUUCCAGGCUAAUCCUUCUUAGCAUUACUUUGGUUACUGUUUAUUCAUCUCUAUUGCUCUCCGGUUUGGGAGCAAAAUGUUCUGUGAAUGAUCAUAAUCAUGCUCCAACGGUCAAACAAACCCAGGUGGGAUUGGGAAAUCCUCCUAAAUUCUUGGUGGAGAUCAGUAACAAUUGUCCAAUGUGUCCAGUUAUUGAUAUUCACUUGAAAUGUGGAAGCUUUCCUCAAGCUCUGGUCAGUCCCAGGCUGCUCAAGGUGAUUGGUUUCGAUGAUUGCGUCGUCAAUGGAGGACUGCCAUUGCCAUCCUUGCAGAAGUUCUCCUUCAAUUACUCUCAUAGCAAGUACUUGAUGCGACCCUCCGUCUGGUAUUUCCAGUGCGAGUAAAGGGUUCGGGUUACCACUCGCUGGCAACCAUCUUAUCAUAUCUAUCAUCAGCAUAUUUUUCCAGCUUUUUUAUUUGUUUUCUUAUCUUUUGUGUGGUGGUAUUGCUGUCAGUUCUCCAAAAUGUUGACAAGAAAUUUUGUGUUUCAAGAGCCAGUGGCCAUAGUUAUGGCUGAAAAGCUACUUUGUAACCGAUAAUUAGUGGCCCCUUCAGGGACAAGCCAAUAGCAAAUCCAUUGUUUCCA